AGGAAGAUAAAACAACCAAACGUUCUAGCGGUCCUCUUUCGCUUGGGUAGUUUAGCUACAUAAUUUCACAAAAAGCAAGUAAAAAAACAGCUCGUUUAAAUUGUCGAAAAGUUAGUUAUAUAAAAUGCUUCUGCAAUGUAUUAAUAGAGUGCCCAUAUCGGGGUUAUGGAAUUUAAAUGGUCCUUGUCUGGCUACGUUAGCUAGAUAGCUGACUAGUGUAGCCAACGUUAUGCCAUAACAGAGCUAGCCAGCUUGCAUCAUCGAAAGUAUUGCAGUCAUCGCUACUAGAUUUUGUCAGUUCAAUUUAACUACAUGUUAGGCUCGAGCCUUCAUCGACCAUGGCAUGGUUCAUAUGUGUCGUCAUACUUUUGCUAUGCUCAAAAAGUGAGCAAUGCACAACUGGAAAUGCCUCAAAACUAAUUGAGCACACAGCUGACCAUUUUUUCGAGAAAAUGCAAUCAGGAAAGACGUCUUUUAUAUACUUUGGAAACCAAGGUAAGUAUCAUUAACAGGUGAGAAAAAUAUGAGCCACCAAGAUGCCCUGUAGACUUGCCGGUGGACAUAUUGCACUGAAUACUCUUAACAGUUGCAGUUUACGACCGUUGCUCAGGUAGGGACAUUAAUCUCCCCAAAGUGUCUGGCAGGCCCGGGUUCAAGACUUGCAAGGGGCGUUGCACUGGCACCAUUUGCUACAUUGGUGUCAGGAGUUGGAUGGCACGCUUGAGGCCCUCGGAGAGGCGCACGUGAGGGAUUUAGUAUGUAACGAACGGCGAUAGUGCAAACCUGACUCUCAACUCGCAGGCAAGCUCGCUAGCCACUGCUCUAACAGGGUUAACUCACAGAUUGCAAUGAGCCUACCUAGGCAUGGGUUAAUCAAAUACUAAAUAGUAUUGUAAUGACCCUAGUUAAUAAUCGCCAUACCACCUUCCCCAAUGGGGGAUUAUAUCCUUAUUGGAGUUGUGGCUACUGGUUAGGGCAUGCCUGUGGGGUUCGCUGCCCGCUAGUUACCUCGUGCCAUUCCCUUGUUUCAUUACAGUAUGUUUGCCAUUUGUAGUGCAGUUUAAUAAUGUAGUUAAUAACACAAUAAUUGUGUUUACUAUUAACGUUGGUACCUUCUAUUAUUAUAAUAUAUACAUGAUAUUUCCAUCUCUUUUUCUUUUUGAUUACCAGUCAAUCCAACCAUAUGUCUCUUCAUUGAACAGCUGGAGAAGUCUGCUGACGCACUAGAAGAUUAUGGUAUUUCAGUUGCUAUGGUAACCAACACAUCUUUAUCCCUUGUCUUACUCAAAGCACCACUGUGGCUUUUGCUGAGUCAAUGUUGCACAAGGAGAAAUUUGAUAUUGAUGGGAACCUUGGGUGAUUAUAUACUUUAAUAUCUGUCUUUCAAAAUAGUUUUAUUUUGAUGUCACUGGAGUGCUGGAUUGUUUGACAACACCGCAUGUUGUUGAUUCUACUUGCAAAUUGGACCAACUUUCGUUGUUCAUUCCACAACAAAUAAGACAAAAUUGGCACUGGCAUAUUGUUAUUAUAAGAAAUGGUAUGGGUUUUUGAAAGGACUGUAUAGUUGUCGGCUGUAGUAUGCAUUGCUGGCUGCCAAAGAGCUCCUUUUAGAGACCCGGAGUGCAGGUAUUUUCUUUGACCACUUUGAUCAGUUUUGCACUGCAAUUUUUGCACUGUAUGUGAAGGUUUGUUUACUUUGCUCUAUGUUUGAAAUUAAUUGUUUUCAAUGCCUAUGCAUGUUUGCAGGUAAAUUGUACUGAUGAACACAUAGCAAAGUACUGCACUGGAGAGAAGCUGAUGAAAAAAGUGUAUUUGUUCAGGUAUGUAUUGUAUAUCCAUCGUGGAUCUUAAGCAGCUUGAUUUAAUCUUGUGCUAACAGUACAUGCAUAUUACACCUAUACAAUGUGAUUUUAAAACACAGCUUAUGGUUUGAGAUGAGCAGAUGUUUCUGACAAAAAUGAACAAUAAACUAUUCUAUUAUCUAUGUUGUCUUGCAGGGGUGGCAAUGUCCUGAAGAGCUUCGACACUGACACAGUUUUCGACGUGAACGCCAUAGUGUCUCACGUUCUCUUGUGAGUACAGAGUUUGUAAACAUUGCCCCUAAACACUGAUACAGGGUUCGAUCUUGUAUAACCUCUAUAGUGGUUACAGGGGCAAUCAGCAGUUGCUUGCUACAUCCAUUUUUGGACAUUUGUAAACAUUUAUGAUACAGUAUGUACCCAUUGAUUCUUAUAUUCUUGAAGAAUAUAACUUAGAAAUGCCUCAUGAGCUUAGUUUAACUGUCGUACCCCAUCAGAACCCAAAUAAGCUUCUAUUCCAAUGUUUGUAAACAAACACUGUAUAGCAUCAAAACAUGGUUAAAACAAUAAUUGUGAUAUCCUGACUAUGAAUUUGAGUGAUUAAAACGAUACAGUGCAUUUGGAAAGUGUUCAGACCUCUUGACUUUUUCCACAUUUUGUUACAUUACAGCCUUAUUCUAAAAUGGAGUAAAAACCUUUGGUAGCGAUUACAGCCUCGACAUUUACAUUUUAGUCAUUUAGCAGACGCUCUUAUCCAGAGCGACUUACAGUUAGUGCAUACAUCUUGGGUAUGACGCUACAAGCUUGGCACACCUGUAUUUGGGGAGUUUCUCCCAUUCUUCUCUGCAGAUCCUCUCAAGCGCUGUCAGGUUGGAUGGGGAGAGUUGCUGCACAGCUAUUUUCAGGUCUCUCCAGAGAUGUUCGAUGGGGUUCAAGUCUGGGCUCUGGCUGGGCCACUCAAGGACAUUCAGAGACUUGGCCUGAAGCCACUCCUGCAUUGACUUGGCUGUUUGCUUCGGGUCGUUGUCCUGUUGGAAGGUGAACCUUCACCCCAGUCUGAGGUCCUAACCUGCUCCAGAGCACUUUUCAUCAAGGAUCUCUCUGUACUUUGCUCCAUUCAUCUUUGCCUCGAUCCUGACUAGUCUCCCAGUCCCUGCCGCUGAAAAACAUCCCCACAGCAUGAUGCUGCCACCACCAUGCUUCACCGUAGGGAUGGUGCCAGGUUUCCUCCAGACAUGAUGCUUGGCAUUCAGGCCAAAGAGUUCAUUCUUAGUUUCAUCACACCAGAGAAUCUUGUUUCUCAUGGUCAGAGAGUCCUUUAGGUGCCUUUUGGCAAACUCUAAGUGGGCUGUCAUGUGCCUUUUUACUGAGGAGUGGCUUCCAUCUGGCCACUCUACCAGAAAGGCCUGAUGGGUGGAGUGCUACAGAGAUGGUUGUCCUUCUGGAAGGUUCUCCCAUCUCCACAGAGGAACUCUGGAGCUCUGACAGAGUGACCAUCGGGUUCUUUUUAUUUUAAAUUUUUUAUUUCACCUUUAUUUAACCAGGUAAGCCAGUUGAGAACAAGUUCUCAUUUACAACUGCGACCUGGCCAAGAUAAAGCAAAGCAGUGUGAUAAAAACAACAACACAGAGUUACAUAUGGGGUAAAACAAAACAAAGUCAAAAAUACAACAGAGAAAAAUAUAUAUACAGUUCUUGGUUACCUCCCUCCCUGGUUAGGCCCUUCUCCCCCCGAUUGCUCAGUUUGGCUGGGCGUUCCAAACUUCUUCCACUUAAGAAUGAUGGAGGCCACUAUGUUCUUGGGGACCUUCAAUGCUGCAGACAUUUUUUGGUACCCUUCCCCAGAUCUGUGCCUCGACACAAUCCUGUCUCGGAGCUCUACAGACAAUUCCUUCGACCUCAUGGCUUGGUUUUUGCUCUGACAUGCACUGUCAACUGUGGGACCUUGUAUAGACAGGUGUGUGCCUUUCCAAAUCAUGUCCAAUCAAUUGAAUUUACCACAGGUGAACUCUAAUCAAGUUGUAGAAACAUCUCAAGGAUUAUCAAUGGAAACAGGAUGCACCGGAGCUCAAUUUCAAGUCUCAUAGCAAAGGGUCUGAAUACUCAUGUAAAUAAGGUAUUUCUGUUUUAUAUAUUUUUUAUACAUUUGCAAACAUUUCUAAGCCUGUUUUUGCUUUAUUAUGGGGUAUUGUGUGUGGUCCUCUGUAGCUCAGCUGGUAGAGCACUGCGCUUAUAACGCCAAGGUAGUGGGUUCGAUCCCCGGGACCACCCAUACACAAAAAAAAUGUAUGCACGCAUGACUGUAAGUCGCUUUGGAUAAAAGCGUCUGCUAAAUGGCAUAUUAUUUAAAAAAUGCAAUCCAUUUUAGAAUAAGGCUGUAAUGUAACAAAAAGGGGUCUGAAUACUUUCCUACAAGCAACCUGUAGGAUUGAGUAAAUCUUGAGUACUGUUGCACAAUGGAACAAUGACAUGUACGAGUGCAUUUCACUAAUUUGUGUACAGUGACCUGCUAGACGAGGGCAUUUAUUUAUUAGAAUGGCCAUAUAUUAUUUGUAUUCAUCUAUCUGUGACCUGUCCCCCUCUCAGCACUGUGCUUUUUGAUGAGGUGAGGUACAUCCAUACAAUUGCUGAGCUACAGUCAGUGGAGAGGGCAGCUAAAGGCAAGGCUGACAUUGUGCUAGGCCACGUCCAGGUGUUGGGCUUACCAGGUAAGGUCCAGUCUCCCACACUACCUUUAAUAGGUUAAUAAUAAGAAAAUAAACCACAAGGGGUGCAUCUCAAUUAGUCUGAGGUUUCCUCACUCCUCAUCUCAGAGGGCAUAUUGCUUUCACCCAGCCUAGGUUUUCAGAUGACUCCAGAUUUAAAAGAAAUCCAGUUUAGACUAUUGAAUUGUAGCCAAGGGUGAAAGUAGUUUUCAUACAUCAUACAUUCCUUUCUAUCUGAAUUAUUUUGCUAUUCAACCCCUUGGUUCCAUUUUAGUGCAUCCUAACACUUUGUACUCACUUCUCUGAGUUGUUUUGUCAUUCGGUGUAACCUUCACGUCCCUGUUCUGUCAUUCUAUCCAGAGCACCGGGCGUUGAUGGAGACAGCGUUUGUGUACGGAGCCAAGUACCAGUUUGUGCUGACCACAGGAGGCCCAGUGCUGACGAACAUGGGGUCAGUGUUCUUCCAUCCGUAGCCCCCUCGGGAUCCCCAUCCAAGCCAAAGAGGCCACCUCUGCCCAGUCACAAGAUAAAGCUGGGUUGUGUUCAGUAGAGAACAGCGUUGGCAAAACAUUUUCCAAAGGAAAAUAGGCUUGGGCAGUAUACAGUGUAUACCGGAGUAUUUGGAAAUGGCCAUGGGAUGUUUUUUCAAUACCGUUGAAGUGUUUUUAUAAAUUUGAAUAUUUGUUGCUACUUUUUAAGUAAAUACCUGCAGUUUUUUAUUUUUAUUAUGGCCAUUUAUGAAGUUUACCGGUAAUCCACAGUCACGUGGUAUUUAUUUACAAGCACACAACGAUGAGAGACCGGAGUCUUGUGUGUCACUUACUGUCCGUUUACACUAUACAAGCGGCACUCCUCAUGUGGGUGCUAGCAAGCAAGCUAGGUAGUGCUAUGUAUUAUCAGCCGUUGUCAGCCAAUCCAGUAGAGGUUGGAAGUUAUGGUGAGCUUCGUUUGGUCACUUGCGUCGCAAUAUCGCAGAGAAUUUGAAUCAACUUCAACUUUCCCCAACUUUAGUUCCACCCUGUUCAGCUCCCUCGCCCAUGCUCGCAUUGCUCAACGGUCCCCCAGCCCAGUCCGCUUCUCUCGCUUUCCUUCCAUUGAAAGUGAAUGGCUUCUGAUGUUUCACCGGGCGAUGCCACUUCCUAGUGUAAACGCAGAGUCACUGUUGUGUGCCAGGUGAUCCAUAUAGUUGCAGUAUGUAAUUCACAACCGUUUGCCAACUAGAUAUCUUAUAACUAUUACAUAACUGCUCUGCAGUUGUGUAUUUGGUUUGAUAACUUAGUAGUUAUCUAGCUGGUUAGCUUCUUUCAAAAUCAAGCUUUGCUAGGUAACAACAGAGAAUCCCGUCCUGGGUCAAGAGCCUUGCUGUCUAAUAUUUGUUUGGUGAGUAGCAUUUUUUUUUAGUUACUUGUAAAACUUUAUGAGCUGGGUUGUCUGUCCUGCAAAUAGUUUGUCAGAGACUGUAUAAGAUGUUCGCAAUGUGCUCACUAGCAUUUAGCUAGCAUUCGCUAUGGGAAUUUACAUAUACUUGUUAGCAUUGCUAACCUUCAGAUUACAGAGGCUCAGUGGGGUUUGAAAAUAGUGUCCCUUGUGUUCAGUGUCUGUAUUACCGAAAUAUCCCGGGAUGGCACAAUGUCAUACCUUUAUAACGACCAUCUGGAUAACACCCAAGUCUAACGGAAAACAAAAAUCUUUGUUUUAUUGGUCAAAUACAGGAUGUACCUCCCCCUUUCACUCUUGUUUCAAACUGUUUUCUCUCUACUGAACACAAACGUGAUGAAACAGUGUAUUAAAGAAUAUGCAUUUGAAACAUCAUAACCUCUUCUGUAUGAAAUGUGAAAAACUGAUAAUAACCCUGGAUGAUAUACGUAGAUGCCCAUGUGAUAUGCAUGGAAUGUAUGACCAAAUGGGUCUGCACCAUGACAAGGUAACUAGAAUCCUGUUUCUAGAUAUCUAAGGCUUAGACUAUUGCUCAACUCCCAAAUGACCCGUAGACAUUUUGUGUAGAUCUGAAAGUUUGGAUAUGUUACCCGGAGCCAUUGAUGGUCUAAAUUGACUUUUCCCAAUGUUGCUUACACUUAUCUCAUUCUUUCAGAUCACACAAAAGGGUAGGUGCCUGGACACAAUUUAGAAUUUGGCAUAUUACAACUAUUGGUGUCAUCUUCCUCUUGUGCCAUAUUGCAGGGUGGAGGAUCCUUCGUCUCUGACAGCAGGUCUGUGGUUCCUGCACUGUAAGGGUGUGUCCCAGUCCCAGCACUCAGACCCCUGUCCACACACGGCCCUAAGGAGGGCGCUCACCACCCUCCACAUCUACACCUUCCUCCAGCUGAUGGAAGCCCCACUGGUGGUGAGAAGCCAGGUUGCCCAGUCUCAAAUCAGUCCCUACUCCCUAGCUGGUGGUUGAUUUCAGACUGAAAGCGAAUACGGUAGCCAUCCUCCCUCUGCCAGUCCCUGCUACAGUGUCUAUGCUUCCCUUGUCUUUGAAGUGAAUAUAUUGUUGACAACUUCAAAACAAGCAAAUAAAACAGCUUUCAUGCUAAGACAACAGUUUGAUUAGCGAUUCUUAGGCUACAGGCAUACUACAUGUAUCCCUUGUUGGUGGAAGUGUAGUGAUUUUGCUGCACAUCUUUUUGUCAGUAUUGUUCCUGUCUGUGACAAACCCAUUCUCUACCGUCUGGGAUUUAAAAAGUUUGUACAAUUUAACUCUUUCUCUCCCUAUCAGAGCGAAGCCUCGGUGGAGCCCUCAGAGGUAAAGGUUGUCCACAGCCACCUCCAGGUGCCCCUGCUCUUCCUCUUCUCCCAACCCCACACGGUGGCCCUUGACCGGGCCACGGCCCAAACUCUAGCCUGGACGCUGAGAGGCCAGGUGGGCCUGGUGCUCAUCCACAGGUCAGUACCAGCAGAGGGCCAUGACAACACUGGCUCAUCCUACCUUUUGUUGGGUUGUGUUCAUUUUUAUUUUAUUUGUUAUUUAACCUUUAUUUAACCAGGUAAGCCAGUUGAGAACAAGUUCUCAUUUACAACUGCAACCUGGCCAAGAUAAAGCAAAGCAGUGUGAUAAAAACAACAACAGAGUUACAUAUGGAAUAAACAAAACGUACAGUCAAUAACACAAUAGAAAAUCUAUAUACAGUGUGUGCAAAUGUAGAAAGUUAUGGAGGUAAGGCAAUAAAUAGGCCAUAGUGUAAAAUAAUUACAAUUUAGUAUUAACACUGGAGUGAUAGAUGUGCAGAAGAUGAUGUGCAAAUAGAGAUACUGGGGUGCAAAUGAGCAAAAUAAAUAAUAAUGUAAAUAACAAUAUGGGGAUGAGGUAGUUGGGUGGGCUAAUUACAGAUGGGCUGUGUACAGGUGCAGUGAUCAGUAAGCUGCUCUGACAACUGAUGCUUAAAGUUAGUGAGGGAGAUAAGUGUCUCCAGCUUCAGAGAUUUUUGCAGUUCGUUCCAGUUCUCUGCUGCAAAUGACUGGAACGAACUGCAAAAAUCUCUGAAGCUGGAGACCCUUAUCUAACAGACUGGGCAAGAGCAAUGAUUUCAAGCACCACCCUCCUUUUAAAGCUUCCAGUCUGUUAUUCUAACUCAAUCAGCAUGACCGAGUGAUCUCCAGCUUUGUCAACACUCUUACCUGUGUUAAAGAGAGAAUCACUGACGUGAUGGCAGCUGGUCCUUUUGUGGCAGGGCUGAAAUGCAGUGGAAAUGUUUUUGGGGGAUAAAGUUCAUUUUCAUGGCAAAGAGGGACUUUGCAAUUAAUUGCAAUUCAUCUGAUCACUCUUCAUGACAUUCUGGAGUAUAUGCAAAUUGCCAUCAUCAAAACUGAGGCAGCAGACUUUGUGAAAAUUAGUAUUUGUGUCAUUCUCAACUUUUGACCACGACUGUAUACCUAUGCAAUCCUUUCAGAUCUACUUGAAGUGACCAUUGAAUUAACAUGACUAAACUGACCAUUCUUUCCUAUCUGUGGCAGAGAGAGUCCUGAUGUUAAAACCCCACUGGAAUACAAUGCUGCUUAUAAACUACCAGGAGAGGUGAGUCCUUUUUUAUUAUUUAGCAAGUUACAUAAAUGGCUUUAUAGAAAUAAAUCCAUUUCUCCCAACUAAAUAUUAUUUGAUGGCCAUACCACCAGGCUUAGUUAGUGAGCUCCAAAAGUAUUGGAACAGUGACACAUUUUUUGUUUUGGCUCUGUAGUCCAGCAUUUUGGAAUGAAAUGAUCCAAUUACUAUGAGGUUAAAGUGCAGACUGUCUGCUUUAAUUUGAGGGGAUUUUCAUCCAAAUCGGGUGAACCGUUUAGAAAUUACAGCACUUUUUAUACAUAGUCCCCCCCAUUUUUAGGGGACCAAAUUCAUGUUCAUAGCAUGCAAUGACUACAUCAAGCUUGUGACUCUACACGUUUGUUGGAUGCAUUUGCUGUUUGUUUUGGUUGUUAUUUAGAUUACUUUGUGCCCUAUAGAAAAUAAUGGAUAAAUAAUCUCACUUAUUGUAAAUAAGAAUAUCAUAUUUUUUCUAAACACUUCUACAUUAAUGUGGAUGCUACCAAGAUUACGGAUAAUCCUGAAUGAAUUGUGAAUAAUGAUGAGUGAGAAAGUUAGACGCACAAAUAUCAUACCCCCAAGACAUCUCACCGCUUAGGAAAUCAAUAUUUGGUGGAAUAACCCUGAUUUUCAAUCACAGCUUUCAUGCGUCUUGGCAUGCUCUCCACAAGUCUUUCACAUUGAUGUUGGGUGACUUUAUGCCACUCCUGGUGCAAAAAUUCAAGCAGCUCGGCUUUGUUUGAUGGCUUGUGACCAUCCAUCUUCCUCUUGAUCACAUUACAGAAGUUUUCAAUGGGGUUCAGGUCUGGAGAUUGGGCUGGCCAUGACAGGGUCUUGAUCUGGUGGUCCUCCAUCCACACCUUGAUUGACCUGGCUGUGUGGCAUGGCGCAUUCUCCUGCUGGAAAAAGCAAUCCUCAGAGUUUGGGAACAAUGUCAGAGCAAAAGGAAGCAAGGUUUCUUCCAGGACAACCUUGUACGUGGCUUGAUUCAUGCGUCCUUCACAAAGACAAAUCUGCCCGCUUACAGCCUUGCUGAAGCACCCCCAGAUCAUCACCGAUCCUCCACCAAAUUUCACAGUUGGUGCGAGACACUGUGGCUUGUAUGCCUCUCCAGGUCUCCGUCUAACCAUUAGACAACCAGGUGUUGGGCAAAGCUGAAAAUUGGACUCAUCAGAGAAGAUGACCAAUUCCAGUCCUCUAUGGUCCAAUCCUUAUGGUCUUUUGCAAACCUCAGCCUGGCUCUUCUUUGCUUCUCAUUGACUUCAGCCCUGCCCCUAGGAGCCUGUUUCGAACCGUCCUCGCCGUGCACUUCACCCCAGCUGCCGUUUGCCAUUCUUUUUGUAGGUCACUUGAUGUCAUCCUACGGUUGUUUAGUGACAUUCGAAUGAGUUGGCGGUCAUCCCGGUCAGUAGAGUCGUUUUCGCCCUCUGCCGGUCUGUAGCUUUGUUGUCCCCAAUGUCUGCUGCUUGACCUUGUUCUUAUGAACCGCCGUCUUUGACAUUUUAAGGAUGGAAGCAACCUGACACUCACUGUAUCCCUCUGCCAGUAAAGCCAGAAUUGAACCCUUCUUUUCCUCACUCAAAACUUUCCUUUUCAACUCUUUUGGCAUGGUCAAUUGUUAUUUUUUGAUUAAUAUUACUUUUGAGGUACUAUUAGCACUGUUUUUGCCAUGCAGCUGGUCCUAUUGCAAGAGGAUAGUGAUGACCACAGCAGUGGUUUUUAUACUUUCCUCGUUAAAUAACAUUUGGUUCAGGUGAUCACCUAAUCAGUACCUAAUUCAGUAGAAUGAGGUGUGCCUGUGUUGGAAUUCAACAGACACUGGAAUGCAAUGGCUAUCAUACAUGUAGAGAUGCUGAUUUUAAAGAAACAUUUGCAGUGGUCUCUUAAUUUUUUCCAGAGCUGUAUAUUGAUUGAUGUUUAUUGUCCUUCAAGGAUAAAUUAUUUCCACUGCUCAAAAGUUACAUACAAUUAGACACUAACCAUAUGCUGUGUUUGUCAGGGUUCAGAGGUCAAGUACCUAAUUCUGAACAACCUAGAGGAGGUUAUCGACCUGUUCAGAGAUGAGAGUACUCCGGAGGAGGAGGAGGAGGCGGCGGAGGAGGAGGACGAUGAAAAUUGGGCCACUCUUGGUAAGAAGGGGUCUUGUUGUAGAUAUAUAUAUUUGUAUUAUUUAAUUUUCCUUGUUUCAGGUCAACAUCAUAAACAAAUUGUACGUAUAUUUUAAUACCAACAAGAAACCAGAUCACAGAAAACUAAAUGGUGACCGUAAACAAACAUUUUAAUAAUAAUUAGAAAUUCACUUUCAGUUCUCUGCUCUAUACAAUGUUUCAUUACCCUAAACCCUUUUUUUUUUUAUAUUACAUUCUUUUAUUACAUUAAAUAAGAAGGGGUCUUGUAGAAACUUGUCUAGCCCCUACUCCCUAGGCAGGUGUGUAGAUAGAGGGUUGUGUAUUAAAUGAAACGUUGUAUAGCACUCUGCUCCCACUGUAUGACAUUAUUCUGUAUAUGUUGUAUUUCUGGGCUGAUUGGUUGACUGUUUCUUUGUCACUAGAUGUGCUGGAUGACGAGGUGGCAGAGUCUGUGUACAGAGACAGGGGCCAGAGUCUGGACAUGGAUGCUGUCACAGAACUCACUGCUGACACAUUCCACAGCGCAGUGGCAGAGAGCGACCACACGGUAGUGCUGUUCUAUGUGAAAUGUGAGCAUGUUGCUUUUAUAUCGUUCUGUAUGAGGUUUUAAGGUGCAAUCUGUUAUUUAUUUAUCGCCUGUGGCCACAAGCUGAAAUAAGGCUAGAAUUAAAAUGCGCACACACACAAAAAAAAACACUUAAAAUAUUUGUAUUAUAAAAUGGACAACUUACACUUAUCAAACUUGCUAUACCUACCAAUCCUAUCUUAUGCUGUUUUAUCUUGCUACUACUUCUACAAAAUAAAUCAGAGAUUCACGGGAAGCCCAUAUCGGCAGCCAACAUCCCUGGAUGGCUUCCGGUUUCUCCAUCUCUCUUAAUCAGAAAAGAUGAGAAACUCCAUCCUCGUAGAAUUCCCUCCUCACUCUCCUUUAAAAGUCAACCUUGCGCCUCAUCUCCAUGUGCUUGUGGAACAGAAAUAGUUUAUUCUGCUUAGGCAGGUGCUGUUUGUGGUAGUGGAAACUGGCUAUGUUUAGGGGCCAGGACUUUCAGUGAGUACAGUCCAUUCAGUCCUUGCUCCUCAUACUCCCAAGCCUUUCUUCUCUCUCUGAGGGUGUCUCUUACUGUUUUUUUUUUUACUAUAAAAAAUGAAAAACUACAACUAUACUGAAACUAUCUUUGACUCAAACUAAAUAAAAACCAUAAUUAUUUGUUUAUUUCUUUUUACUUCUAAUCUAAUGGGGUUUUCAAGCUAUUGAACCUGGCAUGUAAAUGCGGGCAGGAUAUGUCGAUGGUUAAAAAAGGCCUAGCUUGUGCAUCACUCACUAGCUAACUGGGAGAGAGAAAAAUGGCUAGGUGGCUAACUUGAUUCAUCUUACAUGUACUACUCUCGAGAACCCAAGGCCAUACAGUCAUAAAGUUCUCAUUUGAACAAUUGACCCCGUUGGGGCCAAUGUGUAGAACUGUUCUGACGCAUGUUAAUAACCACCACAUGCAAUCAGAAAUUAUUUUACAAAUACAAAAGAUACACUUACUGACAUAUAAUGGAAACUCUGGAGGGGAGAAAAAAAAAAAUAUAUAUAUAUAUAUAAAAUAUAUACAGUGGGGAGAACAAGUAUUUGAUACACUGCCGAUUUUGCAGGUUUUCCUACUUACAUUUACAUUUUAGUCAUUUAGCAGACGCUCUUAUCCAGAGCGACUUACAGGAGCAAUUAGGGUUAAGUGCCUUGCUCAAGGGCACAUCGACAGAUUUUUCACCUAGUCGGCUCGGGGAUUAGAACCAGCGACCUUUCGGUUACUGGCACUACGCUCUUAACCACUAAGCUACCUGCCGCCCCUUACAAAGCAUGUAGAGGUCUGUAAUUUUUAUCAUAGGUACACUUCAACUGUGAGAGACGGAAUCUAAAACAAAAAUCCAGAAAAUCACAUUGUAUGAUUUUUAAGUAAUUAAUUUGCAUUUUAUUGCAUGACAUAAGUAUUUGAUCACCUACCAACCAGUAAGAAUUCCGGCUCUCACAGACCUGUUAGUUUUUCUUUAAGAAGCCCUCCUGUUCUCCACUCAUUACCUGUAUUAACUGCACCUGUUUGAACUCGUUACCUGUAUAAAAGACACCUGUCCACACACUCAAUCAAACAGACUCCAACCUCUCCACAAUGGCCAAGACCAGAGAGCUGUGUAAGGACAUCAGGGAUAAAAUUGUAGACCUGCACAAGGCUGGGAUGGGCUACAGGACAAUAGGCAAGCAGCUUGGUGAGAAGGCAACAACUGUUGGCGCAAUUAUUAGAAAAUGGAAGAAGUUCAAGAUGACGGUCAAUCACCCUCGGUCUGGGGCUCCAUGCAAGAUCUCACCUCGUGGGGCAUCAAUGAUCAUGAGGAAGGUGAGGGAUCAGCCCAGAACUACAUGGCAGGACCUGGUCAAUGACCUGAAGAGAGCUGGGACCACAGUCUCAAAGAAAACCAUUAGUAACACACUACGCCGUCAUGGAUUAAAAUCCUGCAGCGCACGCAAGGUCCCCCUGCUCAAGCCAGCGCAUGUCCAGGCCCGUCUGAAGUUUGCCAAUGACCAUCUGGAUGAUCCAGAGGAGGAAUGGGAGAAGGUCAUGUGGUCUGAUGAGACAAAAAUAGAGCUUUUUGGUCUAAACUCCACUCGCCGUGUUUGGAGGAAGAAGAAGGAUGAGUACAACCCCAAGAACACCAUCCCAACCGUGAAGCAUGGAGGUGGAAACAUCAUUCUUUGGGGAUGCUUUUCUGCAAAGGGGACAGUACGACUGCACCGUAUUGCGGGGAGGAUGGAUGGGGCCAUGUAUCGUGAGAUCUUGGCCAACAACCUCCUUCCCUCAGUAAGAGCAUUGAAGAUGGGAUGUGGCUGGGUCUUCCAGCAUGACAACGACCCGAAACACACAGCCAGGGCAACUAAGGGGGGGGGGCUCCGUAAGAAGUAUCUCAAGGUCCUGGAGUGGCCUAGCCAGUCUCCAGACCUGAACCCAAUAGAAAAUCUUUGGAGGGAGCUGAAAGUCCGUAUUGCCCAGCGACAGCCCCGAAACCUGAAGGAUCUGGAGAAGGUCUGUAUGGAGGAGUGGGCCAAAAUCCCUGCUGCAGUGUGUGCAAACCUGGUCAAGACCUACAGGAAACGUAUGAUCUCUGUAAUUGCAAACAAAGGUUUCUGUACCAAAUAUUAAGUUCUGCUUUUCUGAUGUAUCAAAUACUUAUGUCAUGCAAUAAAAUGCAAAUGCAUUACUUAAAAAUCAUGCAAUGUGAUUUUCUGGAUUUUUGUUUUAGAUUCCGUCUCUCACAGUUGAAGUGUACCUAUGAUACAAAUUACAGACCUCUACAUGCUUUGUAAGUAGGAAAACCUGCAAAAUCGGCAGUGUAUCAAAUACUUGUUCUCCCCACUGUGUGUGUGUGUGUGUGUGUGUGUGUGUAUAUAUAUAUAUAUACAUACAUACAUACAUACAUACAUACAUACAUACAUACAUACAUACAUACAUACAUACAUACAUACAUACAUACAGUGAGGGGAAAAAGUAUUUUAUCCCCUGCUGAUUUUGUACGUUUGCCCACUGACAAAGAAAUGAUCAGUCUAUAAUUGUAAUGGUAAGUUUAUUUGAACAGUGAGAGACAGAAUAACAACAAAAAAAUCCAGAAAAACGCAUCCCCACCAUCAAACAUGGAGGUGGAAACAUUAUGCUUUGGGGGUAUUUUUCUGCUAAGGGGACAGGACAACUUCACCGCAUCAAAGGGAUGAUGGACGGGGAAAUGUACCGUCAAAUCUUGGGUGAGAACCUCGUUCCCUCAGCCAGGGCAUUGAAAAUGGGUCGUGGAUGGGUAUUCCAGCAUGACAAUGACCCAAAACACAUGGCCAAGGCAACAAAGGAGUGGCUCAAGAAGAAGCACAUUAAGGUCCUGGAGUGGCCUAGCCAGUCUCCAGACCUUAAUCCCAUAGAAAAUCUGUGGAGGGAGCUGAAGGUUCGAGUUGCCAAACGUCAGCCUCGAAACCUUAAUGACUUGGAGAAGAUAUGCAAAGAGGAGUGGGAACAAAAUCCCUCCUGAGAUGUGUGCAAACCUGGUGGCCAACUACAAGAAACGUCUGAACUCUGUGAUUGUCAACAAGGGUCUUGCCACCAAGUACUAAGUCAUGUUUUGCAGAGGGGUCAAAUACUUAUUUCCCUCAUUAAAAUGCAAAUCAAUUUAUAACAUUUGAUGUGUUUUUCUGGAUUUUUUUGUUAUUUUGAAAGAAAGUGUCUCACUGUUCAAAUAAACCUACCAUUAAAAUUAUAGACUGAUCAUGUCUUUGUCAGUGGGCAAAUGUACAAAAUCAGUAGGGGAUCAAAUACUUUUUUCCCUCACUGUAUAUAUUUGGCUCGAAGCCGUUACACACACUUACUGUUUUACCACUGAGGUUUAUCUUUUGUAUUUGUUAUUUUUGGAUGAUAUGUUGUGUUCAAGGUUUCCAAAACCGUAUCGCAAUCAAGGAUCAAUUGUUUCUAAAUAGAGCGUUUCACACUUGACCCAAUCACCUCAGCUAAUCAAAAGGGAUGUGGAAUGACUCCAAUGUAGGAUUGGAAUCAUGAGCAGGGCUGUUGCGGUGACCAUAUUACCACCACACCGGCGGUUACGAGUCAUGAAGGCAGUCAAAUUCCACGUGACCAUUUAGUCACUGUAAUUAGGCUUCUCCAAGCUCUGAUGCUGUUGAUGGUCAUUAGUAGCCUACCAAACUUGCUAACUGCCUGGUACUCAGCACUCUAUUGUCCCUCUAUUACAUUUUAGUCAUUUAGCAGACGCUCUUAUCCAGAGCGACUUACAGUUAGUGAGUGCAUACAUUUUCAUACUGGCCCCCAGUGGGAAACAAACCCACAACCCUGGCGUUGCAAACGCUACACUCUGACAAAAAUGCAAAUGUGAUCGAAAAUCUAAUCAAACACUUAAUGAGAGCCCAUGAGCUCAUGUUGCGCAAUUUUUUUUUUUUCAAAAAUGCGUCUGCUCGACUAAAAAAAUCUUGGUCGAGCAACAGCCUAUAUCCUCAAUCCAGUUGACUAAAUGGGGUCAGCCCUAGUUGCUAUACAUUCUACAUUUUAAACACACAUUUCCUUUGUUUGAUUAUCAUAAUGUUCAAAGAUAUUUUAUGAUUCAGAAUUGCCAUGGCAAAGAAAGUGUCUCAAAACACGCACAGUUCUAUAUAAGCAUAAAUCUAUGUACAAGUAGCCUGGUCUCAGAUCUCUUUGUGCUAUCAUGUCAACUCCUUGCCAUACCAAACAUGUGUUUUGGUAGGAUGACCGGUGCCCAGGCUAGUGUAAAAUAUUUUCAAAGACACCCCUCGGUCCUGUAAUUUAAGAUAUGGAUGCCACCUUAAAAUGUUUAUUUUACUACUUUUACAAUUAUGUUACUGUCACACUACAUUUCUGUAUUGAAAUGUAAGAGUGGUUCUGUUUUUCUCCACCAGGGGACGCGGUCUCCAUGGCCUUCAUGCAGUCCUACAUAGAGGUGUCGGAAUCCCUAGAAGGUAAUGGAUUAAAACAUGCAUUUGAAUGGUUGAUUUCAGCAGUUCUCCUUUCAGUGUUCUAUCAGUUUCUUGUACUUGAAGCAAAAGGGGUUCGGUGAGUUCCCUGAUAAUCUUGACAGUUAAUCAAUAUGACCUUUUUUGACUCUGUCAAUAAGACGAGUCCCACUAAGACCGUGUGGUGACCUUGUGGUCAAUAAGACAAUUUAGGCUCAGUCAAUAGAACUAUUUUCAUCUGGUCCGUCAGAUCAAUGUCUGACUGUUGGCUACUUAUGCCAUUUUUUCUGUAUGUAUUUGGUAUCUGUUGACUGUAUCUAUUUGGCGUCUUCAGGAAUGUCAGUGAACUGUAUAUGUAGCCUAUCCAGUUGACAUUAUGCAUGUCUGUCCCUCCAUCUGUCUCGCUGUCUAUCUAUAAGACGCUGACGUCAGCAACGUGGAGCUGGCCGUGCUGGAUUGUGGGGAGUGGACUGACGUGUGUGGCGCUCAGCAAAUCAGCUCCUUUCCCACGGUCCGUCUGUACCGCCGACAGGAGCCUAGCCAGCCCUACCGAGGCAUGCUGGGUACUGAGAGCCUGAACAGGUUCAUCAUGCUGUGAGUGACACCUCCACCAAAUGUAAAAUAGAACAUAUAGAAUAUUCUAUUGUACUUAUGGACAUCUCCUUCAUACUAGUCUUAUGGGGCCUGUUCAGGUGGGUUCAGAGUUACAGAAUGUUCAGCAAGAAAUGUGUUGUGUACAGCAGAUAUAUUGUUCUCUCAAGGAAGGCCCAAAAAACCAAAGCUAGAACUACCUUCAUCUACAUGUUUUAUAAAAGUCCAUUAUGUAGAAGAAGGAAAAAAAAGAGGAUGGGAAGCGCUUCUGUUAGGAUACAAUGUUAGUCCAUCUUUGGACUAACAUUAUCAAUUUUGUCUUAAAACGGAUGCAUUCUUUCCUCCUUAUUUGGAAGAUGUGUGCUUUGUUGGGUCAUUGCGUGACAUGUUUUUGGAACCACUGUUCUAAAGGGUGCCAGCCCUUGUGACCAUGUCUUUUUUUCAUAUAAAGAUUUGAAAGCAUUUGUCCGUUAUUCAGACAGCUUAGAAAGAGCUGGGGAGAAAGAUAUCAAACCCCAACAUGUACUAAGACCGCCAGACCAUGGGGCCUGUACAUCACCAUGUCUGUCUUCUCUUAUGGUGUGUGACCCAGGAGUCGUCUGGUGUCCCCUGUCCUCCUGUCCUCUCCUGAUGAGGUGACAUCAUUCCUGGAGGGGGACCUGUACCAGCAGCAUGCAGCUAUUGCCCCUGUCACAGUACUGGGCCUGUUCAGCUCCAUAUCAGACGCAGGUAGCGUGUGUGUGUGUGUGUGUCGUGCGUUGUGUGUGUGGAGCCUAUGGCAUUGACGAAUAUAACAAUCAUUAAUUGAAAUGGAAUUCUCUCUUGUCUCAGGUGUGUCCGUGUUCAAGGAAGCAGCAAAAGCACUCUGGGGAGAGACUAUGGUCGGGCUGUUUGCUGACAGACGGGCAGAAAGAUGGUACCGUGCUAAUUUUGAAAUCAUGUGUUGUGUGUGUGUAUCAUACUGGAGGAAUCUACCACACACCCCACAAGCUAGUUUAGGUGCAGGAAGAUAAGAACUAAAGAAAGUAGUAUUUCAUUGAUCCAAGUGUGUGGGGACUUCUUUUUUCAGUCUUCUCAAAGUGUAUCAUACGCCUAGGAUAUUUUUGCUUAUUUUGGGGGGCAGAGAGCAGUUUUCAACCAAUGAUUGAGUUGUGCGAGUCUGCUGUAGAGCUCAUCACUCCCCCUAACUGGGAGGGGGCUAAAGACAAUUACUCGAUGCCGACACAUCUUUCUAGCUAAGUUACACGCUGAAGUUAUGUUGCGCUUGGUGACCUCUGACUGUUUCAUCCUAACAUCGUUGGUGCCGACAUGGAUAACAAUAUCCCUAUACCGUCUAGCACCAUCUUCAGAUUAGCCUUUACGUCGGUAGCCCUGUCCCCUGGUAAACAAUGUAUGAUCGCUAGAUGAUUCUUUUUAAGUCUAAUAUGGAGUCGCCAGUGACUAGGGUUUUCAAUUUGUCCGAGCUGAUGGUGGGAGGCUCAGACCCCGUAACGGGUGGAGGACAGACCUGAGAAGGAUGACUAGUUGCUUAGUUGGGAAAACCGGUUGACAGUUUAUAUCGGCUGAGUGAGCAUGCCGACCAGCAUUUCUUUCCAGAAGCCAUGAGAAAAUUGUCCAGCUGCGGGGACUGUGCAGGGGGAGUAACACUACUGGCUGUAUUUACUGGUGGCACAGAUGCUAUAUCCUCCUUUCCUACACUUCAAUUGCCCUUGGCUAAUGAUUGCGUCUGAAGCCGAGCUUGCAACUCUGCUAUCCUCACCAUAAGGUGAUGGUUCUCCUGUAUAUUAUGAGGACUGCGACUGCAGUGAGAAGGCAUCAUGUUACUUAGCGGAGGUCCUGCAGAUCUAUGUCCAGAUAAAGCGUUGAAUUAAAAAAGGACAAAACUAAGACCUUGGUAAACUUGUUAAAUACAUAGUUUGAUUAAAUAGUUAAGACUAAAAAUCGAAGGCCAAGUUUAGCAUGUAGCCAAGUAGCAACAAACAGUACAGCAGUACGGAGACAACACGGUAAUGCAUUGGUCACCAGUCACGUGAACCAACUAGACAGCAGAUAUCUCAUGACAAAAAUGUAUGUACUAGUCUCACUUCGACUAAUGGCGCUUGUACAGCGACUGUGGGAAGAGUACAUUGGAUGUAAAAUAGAUAUGCCAACCCCACCAAAUAUUUCUCUGGAAUAGGUUGCUUAUUUGGGUAUAGUCAUAUAUCCUUGUUAUUCCAAGGACCAGUGCAAAUUCAGUGGGUGUGGGCUCCCCUGGAAAUGGUAAAAGAUAGCUAACCACAUCUCCCAGUCUUCUGGAGGGAAGGUACUGUAUGGACCAGGAAGUGCUUGAUGUCAGUACCACAGUGUGUGUAUAUGAUGUGUGUUUGCACUAAUAACUGUGUGUGUGGCAGAUUUGAAAGAAGCUAUCUUUUCUUAUUUGGUCAUAUAAUGAGUAUUGAAGUUCCUUCUGGGGGGGAGGGAGUGAUUCUAAUGUAUUACUUCUGUUCUCAGGGCUGUAGAGCAUUCUGUGACGCUGCCUGCCAUUCUGGUGUCACGAGGACCUACAGGCCAAACUGAGGCUCAUUCUCUCCACCUCACCAUGCCGGACCAACUUGUCACACACAUCCAGAGAGCACUACUGGAUACAUUUGUAAGUCUGUUUGUAUCACAGGUUGACAGAAACCCCAUCAAAUGGAUCUAAAAGCCUAUUCCAUCAAAACAAACCUUCACCAAACAUUUGGAUGGAUAUAGGCUUUUUGAACUAUUUGUAAAACCUAUUCCAUCGUGUGUGUGUGGGUGCCUUCAUGUGUACACAUACUGUACGUGCAGACAGGGAGAAAGAGAGGGGCUAUAUAUGGCCUGAGUUGAUUAGUGGAAUCAAGUGUGCAGUACUAGAUCAAAAAUGUACAUCCCUUUGGGUCCCCAGGACCAGGAUUUAUGAAACACUUGCCUAAAAAAAUGAAGGGGUACGCCAGUGUUUUCAUACUAGGGUGUCUGUCUGUCCGUCUAUACACGUGUUCAUCUGUACAGCAUCCUUCUAAAAUCCGGUUUCAUUCUAAUAUUUUUGGUCAUUGUAAUAAUAUGAAUAGUUGAACCAGGAUUAGUGUAACAUAUCUUCCUCUGAACAAAACAACAUUUCUGAAGUCGUAUCAUGCAAACUGAUUUAUUUAUAUUAGAACAGUAAAAACUGUUUUGAAAUGACCACAUAUCCGUAAGAAACAACAAUUACUCACUACCAGAUGAGACACAGAUGCUGGUCUGCCAAGCUUGAGAAAAUCCCAGAAAAUGUUUUGACACACACACAAACCAUUUGUCAAGAUUCCAAAAACUUUCCCAUUAUGAUUUGGACUCAUCUUAUUUUACGAGUACUUAACAGAGUAUUUACGGCAACCCUUCAUGUGGCGAGGUAAUUAGUGGUAACUCCAUCAAGACUAUUGUCUGAAUGAUGUGCCUCUAUACUCCAGCAUUUUGGAUUUGAAAUCAAAUGUUUCAUAUGUGGCAAUAGUACAGAAUGUCACCUUUUUAUUUGAGGGUAUUUUCAUAUCUGUUUUACCGUUUAAAAAAUGAAAGCACUUUAUAUAUCUAGUCCUUCAUAUGAUGAAGUCAUUCGUAUUUGGACAAAUUCAUUAGUGUAUUAAAUUAGUCAAAGUUUAGUAUUUGGUCCCAUAUUACGUGCACGCUAUGAAUACAUCAAACUUUUUGGGCAAAACAUAAUCCAAAACACAACUAAGACAAACCACAAAUGCAUCCAAGUUUGAAGAGUCAAGCUUGAUGUAGUUAUUGUGUGCAAGGAAUAUGGAACCAAAUACUAAACUUUUUGACUACUGUCAUACACAGUGCCUUCAGAAAGUAUUCACACCCCUUGACUUUUCCCACAUUUUGUUGUUACAAAGUGGGAUUAAAAUUGAUUUGUCUUUUUUUGUUGUCAACGAUCUAUACAAAAUACUCUGUCAAAGUGGAAGAAAAAGUCUAACAUUUGAAAAAGAAUAAUGGAAAAAUAAAAUACUCAAACAGUAUAUCUUGAUUAGGUAAGUAUUCAACCCCCUGAGUCAAUACAUGAGGAAUCACCUUUUUCAGCGAUUACAGCUGUGAGUCUUUCUGGGUAAGUCUCUAAGCGCUUUGCACACCUGGAUUGUACAAUAUUUGCACAUUUAUUAUUUUUUUAUAUUCUUCAAGCUCUGCAAGUUGGUUGUUGAUCAUUGCUAGACAGCCAUUUUCAAGUCUUGCCAUAGAUUUUCAAGAAGAUUUAAGUCAAAACCAACUGGACCACUCAGGAACAUUCUAUGUUGUCUUGGUAAGCAACUUCAGUGUAUAUUUCGCCUUUGUUUUUUAGAUUAUUUACCUGCUGAAAGGUGAAUUUGUUUCCCAGUGUCUGUUGGAAAGCAGACUGAACCAGGUUUUCCGCUAGGAUUUUGCCUGUGCUUAGCUUUAUUCUGUUUAUUUUUUCAUCAUAAACUCCCUAGUCCAUACUGAUGACAAGCAUACCCAUAACAUGAUGCAGCCAUGAUCAUGCUUGAAAAUAUGAAGAGUGGUACUCAGUAAUGGGUUAUGUUGGAUUUGCCACAAACAAAACGCCUCGUACUCAGGACAUAAAGUUCACAUUUUUUGCAGUUUUACUUUAGUGCCUUAUUGCAAACAGGAUGCAUGUUUUGGAAUAUUUGUAUUCUGUACAGGCUUCCUUUUCACUCUAUCAAUUAGGUUAGUAUUUUGGAGUAACUACAAUGUUUAUUCAUCCUCAGAUUUCUCCUAUCACAGCCUAUCCUAUUUAAUCUCUGUAAGUCACCAUCGGCCUCAUGGUGAAAUCCCUGAGCAGUUUCCUUCCUCGGCAACUGAGUUAAGGAUGCCUGUAUCUUUGUAGUGACUGGGUGUAUUGAUACACCAUCCAAAGUGUAAUUAAUAACUUCACCAUUCUCAAAGAGAUAUUCAAUGUCUGUUUUGUUUUUUUGUGAGGCAUUGGAAAACCUCCUUGGUCUUUUGUUGUUGAAUCUGUGUUUGAAAUUCACUGCUCAACUGAGGGAUCUUACAGAUAAUUGUAUGUGGGGUACAGAGAUGAGGUAGUCAUUCAUAAAUCACACUAUUAAACACUAUUGCACAGAGUCCAAGCAACCUAUGUGACUUGUUAAGCAAAUUUUUACUCCUGAACCUAUUUAGGCUUACCACUCAAGACAUUUCAGCUUUUCAUGUUUUAUUAAUUUGUAAAAAUGUAGUAAUACAUAAUUCCACUUUUCCAUUAUGGGGGUAUUGUGGGUAGGCCAGUGACAAAUCUAAAUUUAAUCAUUUUUAAAUUCAGGCUGUAACACAACAAAAUGUGGAAAAAGUCAAGGGGUAUGAAUACUUUCUGGAGGCACUGUGUGAAUUUGUCCAAAUACUUAUGACUUCUUCAAAUGGGGGGACUAGAUACAAAUGCUUUUAAUUUAAUUUCUAAACGAUAAAACAGCUGACGUUCUGUACUGUCGCUUAAUAUGAAACAUUCUGGAGAAUAGCCAAAUAAAAUGUUUUAUCUUCACUGUCCAAAUACGAAUGAAGGAGUGUAUUUGGUAAUGUAAUACUACAGAGUACGUUGUGAAUGAGCAAAUGGAGACAAGCGUUGUAGCGACAUGUUCCUCUACUUUUCAUAGGUAGUUGGUUUUAUAAAUGCGUGUUACAGAAUGUCUUAAUGUAAUAUUCUUAAUCUUUUUUAAUUAAAAUGUUCUCAUACAUUGAGUGUUAAUCAGAGAUAUAGAGUGCCUUGCAAAAGUAUUCAUACCUCUUGGAUUUCUUCACAUGGUAUUAUUACAAAGUGUGAUUUAAAAUGUAUUUAAUUUCUUUUAAAGUGUCAAUGUACACAAUACUCUGUCGAAGUGGGCACAUACAUUUAAAAAAAAUAAGAUUCAUAGAAAUUAAAUAACUAAAAUAUAGUCGUUGCAUAAGUAUUCAUCUCCCUUAGUCAAUAUAUGUUAGAAACACAGUUUGGCAGCGACUACAGCUGUGUCUUGGGUAAGUCUGAAUGCUUUACACACCUGGAUUGUGCAAUAUUAGACAUUUUAAAAAAAUACACAGAGUUGAAGUCGGAAGUUUACAUACACUUAUGUUGGAGUCAUUAACUCGUUUUUCAACCACUCCACACAUUUCUUGUCAUCAAACUAUAGUUUUGGCAAGUCGGUUAGGACAUCUACUUUGUGCAUGACACAAGUAAUUUUUCCAACAAUUGUUUACAGACAGAUUAUUUCACUUAUAAUUCACUGUAUCACAAUUCCAGUGGGUUUACAUACACUAAGUUGACUGUGCCUUUAAACAGCUUGGAAAAUUCCAGAAAAUGAUGUCAUGGCUUUAGAAGCUUCUGAAAGGCUAAUUGACAUCAUUUGAGUCAAUUGGAGGUGUACCUGUGGCUGUAUUUCAAUGCCUACCUUCAAACUCAGUGCCUCUUUGCUUGACAUCAUGGGAAAAUCAAAAGAAAUCAGCCAAGACCUCAGAAAACAAAUUGUAGACCUCCACAAUUCUGGUUCAUCCUUGGGAGCAAUUUCCAAAUGCCUGAAGGUACCACGUUCAUCUGUACAAACAAUAGUACGGAAGUAUAAACACCAUGGGACCACGCAGUCGUCAUACCGCUCAGGAAGGAGACGCGUUCUGUCUCCUAUAGAUUAACGUACUUUGGUGCGAAAAGUGCAACUCAAUCCCAGAACAACAGCAAAGGACCUUUGUGAAGAUGCUGGAGGAGACGGGUACAAAAGUAUCUAUAUCACAGUAAAACGAGUCCUAUAUCGACAUAACCUGAAAGGCCACUCUGCAAGGUAGAAGCCACUGCUCCAAAACCGCCAUAAAAAAGCCAGACUACGGUUUGCAACUGCACAUGGGGACAAAGAUCGUACUUUUUGGAGAAAUGUCCUCUGGUCUGAUGAAACAAAAAUAUAGCUCUUUGCCCAUAAUGACCAUUGUUAUGUUAGGAGGAAAAGGGGGGGACGCUUGCAAGCCGAAGAACACCAUCCCAACCGUGAAGCACGGGGGUGGCAGCAUCAUGCUGUGGGGGUGCUUUGCUGCAGGAGGGACUGGUGCACUUCACAAAAUAGAUGGCAUCAUGAGGAAGGAAAAUUGUGGCUAUAUUGAAGCAACAUCUCAAGACAUCAGUCAGGAAGUUAAAGCUUGGUCGCAAAUGGGUCUUCCAAAUUGUUACGUGAAUUAUUUUACAAACUAUUUCAGUGUCACUGUGCGUCUCCCAAAAGGUUGUAAGUCUUUUGGGAUUUAAGUAACGGACAGAGUCCCGGUCUGCAUAGUCAGAGAUUUAUUCAUUGAGAAUUCUGCCAUCACAAUUUCAGAGUCCAUCUUUUAUACUCAUACGUCAUACAAAAAAUCCCUCCUCUCUGUAGGUGGGCUGUAGUUUUCCACUUUAAAACUGCUCUCCUGACCAUCAGUUCACACACACACAUACACAUACACAUACAUUUACAUUACAUUUACAUUUUAGUCAUUUAGCAGACGCUCUUAUCCAGAGCGACUCACAAAUUGGUGCAUUCACCCUAUAGCCAGUGGGAUAACCACUUUACAAUUUUUUUUUGGGGGGGGGGGGGGGGGGGGGUAGAAGGAUUACUUUAAUACACACACACACACACUUCCAAGCCUAACAGUAUCUCUCCUCCCUAAAUUCCUCAGUUAUCUUGGUUUCUCAGUUGCCUGUAGACAGUUCUCCUUGUCCUUUGUUGUCUGGCCUAACUCUUACUCACAUUGCUAAAUAGUAGCACAAUGUCAUAAUCUUUACUGGUCCUACACUCACACAUUACCAGGUAGUAGAUUCUAACACAUCUCACACAGUUUCAGAGUGUAAUAAUUAGUCACUACUAAGAAAGUACUAAUCAUACUUAAAACAAGAACAUUUCACAACUAUAUUUAAGGGUGGAACAUUUAGUCAUUUACUUUUAACCUGUAUAUAUUUUAAUUCCUAUCACAAAUCGACAAUGACACCAAGCAUACUUCCAAAUUUGUGGCAAAAUGGCUGAAGGACAACAAAGUGAAGGUAUUGGAGUGGCCAUCACAAAGCCCUGACCUCAAUCCUAUAGAAAAUGUGUGGGCAGAACUGAAAAAGCGUGUGCGAGCAAGGAGGCCUACAAACCGGACUCCGUUACACCAGCUCUGUCAGGAGGAAUGGGCCAAAAUUCACCCAACUUAUUGUGGGAAGCUUGUGGAAGGCUACCUGACACGUUUGACCGACGUUAAACAAUUUUAGGUAAUGCUACCAAAUACUAAUUGAGUGUAUGUAAACUUCUGACCCACUGGGAAUGUGAUGAAAGAAAUAAAAGCUGAAAUAAAUCAUUCUCUCUACUAUUAUUCUGACAUUUCACAUUCUUAAAAUAAAGUGGUGAUCCUAACUGACCUAAGACAGGGAAUGUUUUACUUGGAUUAAAUGUCAGGAAUUGUGAAAAACUGAGUUUAAAUGUAUUUGGCUAAGGUGUAUGUAAAACUUCCGACUUCAACUGUGUGUGUGUGUGUGUGUAUACACUACCGUUCAAAAGUUUGGGGUCACUUAGACAUUUCCUUGUUUAAAAAAAAACAAAAAAACAAAAACAAGUCCAUUUAAAAUAACAUCAAAUUGAUCAGAAAUACAGUGUAGACAUACAUACAUACAUUCUUCAAGCUCUGUGACGACGUUGGAUCAUGGCUAGAUGGCAAUUUUCAAGUCUUGCCAUAGAUUUUCAAGCAGAUUUAAGUCAAAACUGUAACUUGGCCACUUGGGAACAUUCACUGUUCUUGGUAAACAACUCCUGUGUAGGUUUGUCCUGUUGAAAGGUGAAUUCCUCUCCCAGUGUAAAGCAGACUGAAGCAGGUUUUCCUCUAGGAUUUUGCCUGUGUUUAGCUCCGUCCCGUUUAUUUUAAUCCUGGAAAAACUCCACAGUAUUUUCUGAUAUCAAGAAUACCCAUCCCAUGAUGCAGCCACCACCAUGCUUGAAAAUAAGGAUGCAGUUAUUCAGUGGUGUGUUGUGUUGAAUUUGCCCCAAACGUAAGGCUUUGCAUUUAGGCCAAAAAGUGUAUUCCUUUGCAUUUUUUUUUUUUUUUUCAGUAUUACUUUAGUGCCUUGUUGCAUACAAGAUGCAUGUUUUGGAAUAUUUUUUUUCACUCUCAUUAUUGUGGAGUCACUACAAUGUUGAUCCAUCCUCAGUUUUCUACCAUCACAGCCAUUGAACUCUAACUGUUUUUAAAUCACCAAUGGCCUCAUUGUAACAUCCUUGAGCAGUUUCAUUCCUGUACUGCAGCUCAGUUAAGAAGGACGACUGCAUCUCUGUCUGGGUAGUAUAAUGCAUAAUCUAUUAACUUGACCAUGCUUAAAGAGAUAUUCGAUGACUGAUUUGUUAUUGUUACCAAUCACUGCCCUUCUUUGAGGCUUUCGAAAAGCUCCCUGGUCUUUGUAGUUGAAUCUGUGCUUGAAAUUCAAUACUUGACUGAGGGACCUUACAGAUUUGUAUGAAUGGGGGACAAGAAGAAGGGUUAGUCAUUCAAAAAUAAUUUCAACCCCUAUUAUGUCACACGAGUGAGUCCAUGUAAUUUAUGUGAUUUGUUGAGCCAAAUUUGACUCCUGAACUAAUUUACGCUUGCCUAAACAAAGGUGCUGAAUACCUGUGCAACGACUCUUUAUUUUUUAUUUAUUUUUUAAUAACUUUCAAAAUGUUCUAAUUUCUUCCACUUUGACUGAGUAUUUUGAGUAGAUUGUGGACAAAAAAAUGACAAAUCAAUUUUAAUCCCACUUUGUAAUAAAAUAAAAUGUGAAGAAAUCCAAGGAGUCUGAAUACUUUACAAGAUACUGUAUAUAUCAUUGAUCACCUUUUUUCGCUGUCUCUACCCCUUCCAGCCGGAAUUGACAGUGGAGAACCUGCCCCUGUAUCUGGAGCUAAAGAAACCCCUCCUGCUGCUGUUUGUGGGAGAAGAAGAUGAGGAGAGGGGGAGGAAAGGGAACAAGGGAGUAUUGGAGGAUAUGAGGAGUCUGCUGAACACAGGAUGGCUCAAGUCCUACCUGCCCUGCUGGAUCCACCUGUAUGUACCGGAGUAUUACGUUUCCCACAUCAAUUAAAGGUUUAGGUUUCAGGAACACAAAGUUCAGGGCAAGGCAGCCAUAGCCCAACUAUGUGACUGAAAGGUUUAGUUCUAGUGUCAUUGGCAUUAAACGUACGUCAUUGUCUUUAUCUUGUCCUCCACAUUUCAAUAUACUGUUUCAAGGCAAAAUAUGAUUCAGAAUUGGGGUUUUAUAACGCCGUUGUCUUUUCAACUCCAAUUUUCAUGAACUGGUUUUACUUUUAUCUCAACGUUUUGAAUUGAAUCUCAGCUCAUUGACUGAGUCAUGGUUGGAUGGAAAAACCUGUGGAUGCAGGGUGUAUUUUGGUGUUGAGGGGUGUCUUGUGUGUUCCAGGGGUCGCACCCCUGCAGGUAAGGCUGUCCUGGAGGCAUACCUGGGUUCCCUGCCCCUGCUUCCUGCCCUGGUGCUCUCCCAGCUUGCUGCAGGAGGAGAAGUCUUCCACUACCCCGCUGGCAGACCCCUAAUGGUACAGCCCAUUCUGCAGUGGCUGCAGAGAGUGGAGGAUGGUGAAGAACCACCUGCAGGUAUGGGUGGGGGGUUUAAGUACUUUUCUUUGUACAGUGUCUCCCCUUGA